GAGUGGCGCGCACAUAUGUCUCUUAGUAACGCUCGCGCAUGCGCAUUGAUUAAGCCAAAGUGAAUUGUGCAAACGGAGCGAAGUUUUGCGAAUUUCACACGAUAAGCAAUACAAGAAAUUAGCAAAUUUGCGAAACUAUUUACACAUGUGCAUAUUAUUCGGCUGCAACUUUUAACUAACCGUACAAAACGACUUGCCAGAGUUGAGCAGAGCGCGCGCAUGCGUUGGCCGAAGUGUUGCAAGAUCAAGCGCGUAAGUUAAAGGCGAAAUUGUGGUUCAAAUCUUUAAAAAAAAGUAAAUGUUGUGAAUAAAUGCAACAACAAAUGAAAUAAAAAGCGAUCACUAUCAGACAAAGGAAGAACUGACCGACAAAGAAAUGCUGAAAAUUUGCAAAAUAAAUGCCUGUCCGAAUGGCACACUGGGUCUACACUUAAGUCGAGCGCCCUGGGAUCCCUACCCGUGGGUGAGUGGCAUACAGGAGGGCUCCAGCGCGGAAGAAGCCGGCAUGCGCGUCGGCGAUACAGUGCUGGAGUUCAAUGGCAACGAUGUGCUGGGACAGAAAAUUUUCGAAAUUGCAAGUAGAAUACGGGAACAUUGGCAGAGUGGUGCAACCGAUGUAAGUGUGGUGAUUUGGCGCAACCAAACGGAGGAAGACAGCAGCUGCAGUGAGGACAAUGAUGAUGAUUAUGAAGAAGCGAAUGUAACGAACAGUAGUGAUAGUGAAACGAUGGCAUCACAGGUGGAGGGCCAACGAAAGCGUGUGCAGCGGGCGCAUCAGCAGCAUUCCAGCAUUAAUCAGCAGUCACUGCAGAAGUUCGCCACAUGCCUGCAACACAUUGCCCAAUUAUUGGAGUGUCCUGUUUGCCUUGAGGUGAUUCGGCCACCUGGUUGGCAGUGCUGUAACGGACAUGUGUUGUGCAACAACUGCCGCAGUCGUUCGGUCAAAUGUCCGGUGUGUCGUGUGCCGUUAGGGCCCAGAGGACGCUGCCUGCUCGCGGAUAAAUUAUUCACCGUGUUGGCUGAGAGUUUUCCCUGUGAUGGCGUUCGAAACAGUCGAAAUUCCACAAAGGAGAAGCGCAAAUGUUCACCUGAAUCCAAGGGGCGUCCCAAGGCGACCACGACAGCAAGAAUUCAGCAAAAUGAAAGCGAUCAGCAACACCCACAUCACCAACACCAACAACAACAGCAACAAAUCAAAUCCAAAGAAAUGCAACAGCAAGAUAAGAAGAAGGUCAAAACUGCUAUUGGUAGCCAAAAGAAUGUGUCGAAUGGAAAAGUUGCUGCCAAGGAAUGCACAGCAACACCAAAUGCGCACACCGAGGCAGCACAACAAGUGAACACCACGACUGACAAUUACAAAAGCAACAACAAAAAGCUAGAGGAGGCUGCAGGAGCUGAGGACGGCAGUUCAACGCAACGCAGUCACUGGCAAUGGCGGCGGAGUCGGGCGCGACUUGGAAAAGAACAGCAUCAACAACAACAACUGCAGGCGAGUGAAGCAUCACAGCAAGUUUAUAAAAGUUACGCAGAUGAGCAAUUGUCCAUCACAGCGUCCAGGGCGACGACAGCGUUGAGGAGGGUCCCACCAACGACAACGACGACGACAAAUGUCAGCUGUUGAAGAGCACAGUCCUAUAACUUAAGAGAACUAGCGCGGGGUUAAGGAGAUAGGGGGGUACUUGCGAUGCAUUUUGUGUAACCAACUGUAGGUUGGACUGCUCGCGUGGUCGGAUGAGGGGCGUUGAAAGUAUUGCUGGGCGGUUGCAUGUGUGUGGCGUUGUGACGGAAGGAAAUGCGCUGGUCAACAAUGCGCUCGUUAAACCCAAGUUGGAGUCAAGUAAGAAAUCAGCAGAUAACACAAAACAAGGUAGAAAAGUCACGAAAUCUUCAACAAAAAACGAGCAUCAGCCUGAGGGUACGAAAGUAACAAUUUAAGUCGAAAACUAAAAGUAGAAAUAAAUAAAGUAAACAAAAAAAAAAAAAAAAAAAAAAAAAAAAAAAAAAAAAAAAAAAAAAAAAAAAAAAAAAAAAAAAAAAAAAUGCAGAGCUGUUGCAGUUGCAAUGAUGAAGUUGCAAACAGCUACAACAACAACAACUAUAAGUUCUACAACUAAAAUAAAACAACACUUAUAAUGCCCAGAUUAGCAGUUGUUGGCAUUAGGCGAGCCGAGUUGAGCCGAGCCGCGUGUGGCACGCCGUUGUGUUUUGCCGCUGGCAGCUACUGCUGGGGAUUAGCAACAAUAUCAAAAUUAUCAUUGUCCAACUGGGAAAUCAUGUGGCAUUUGGAACGUGCAACAUUCAGCACAUUGAAGUGUGGUGAGAAAGCGAACAAAACAAUGAGUGGCGCUGUGCUGGCAAUGCAACAACAAUAAUGUUUGCAACAAAUUACUGCAAAUAACAGUGUGUAACGAUGGCACCACCAACAACAACAGUAAGCUGAGACAACACAAUAUGUAGUAAGGCAACAAUCAAGUUGUUUACAAAGAAAUGAGGCAACAAAAUUUGAGGUACAGUGUGGCCAAAACUGCUUUGACAGUGACUUGAUGUGGACUUAUGUGUAUGGUUUUUUUACAGCUUGCCUUCAAUGAUACUAUUUACCAAAAUUCGGAAACUCAAGGCACUCAAAAAAAUGUUUAACAUUAACAAAACAUGUCAUGUAACUGGCUAGGAACUGGUUUUUUUUCGUACAUGUUUGUAACUAGUCUUAUUUUGAAGAAAUUUUGCUAAUUGACGCGGUAGUUAGAAACAAAAAUUAUA